AUGUUCAGAGACACUAAACCGAGGCGGACCAGCCCGACAAGCACCUUGUGGGCAGCUAGCAAUAAAGUCAACGCCGGCUACGAGUCGGACCGGGAGGAAUGGAGGAACAGCCGCUCGCAGUUCUCCACCACCGCCUUCGAUAGCCUCGCCCGCCCCACCAAAAUGGCCAUGGCCCUCACGCUCAGGAAGCCGCAGCCGCUCGACUCGGCGCCGCAGUACUACCGGCUCAGCGAGCCAAAGCCGAAGCUCACUCCCCUACCGUUCAGGCCCAACGGCUACGUGCAACGAGCGCCGCGGCUGCCCCGGCCCGCUGACCUGAAGAGGCACUUGAACACGGACCACCGGAAGUACCCGUCUCUACAGAGUCUCGAGUUACCGAGGAAGCUCGCCGAGCCGAAGCGGGGCGAUCCAAAGAAGACAAACCACUCGAACAUAUCUAACAGGAUUACUGGGCUGACGAACAAACUGAGGGAUCUGAGCGUGAACAGCAACACGCUCGGCAGGUUCAAGGCUCAGUCGCACGGCGACGUGGCUAACCUUAAGCCGGUGCUGAAGACCAACGCGCAGGAUGGCGCGAAACGCUCCGUGGUCAGGACCUGCAGCGCUGAACCGCCAAAGAAAGUCACCUUCAGCGCUUUCGCGACCGUCCAAGUGGUC